AUGACUGAACAGGAUCAAAACAAUCUAGAAUCUAUAUCGGUUGGAACUAAAAUAGAAAAGGACGUUGCUGUGGCUCCAAUUAAUUCUGAAGUUUCUACAGAGAACAAUGAUCUUUCGAAAGCUAGUGAAUCUUCUUCAGACAAACAGCUUCUGGAGAACACCAAUAAAGCUUCUAAAAGAAAAUUUGCGAAUGGAAGAAAGAAAAAGUCUGAUAAUUAUAAUACCGAAAGAAGAAAGAAACAAAAGUUUGAUAAGGAAUCGGAUAAAAUUAAAUAUGGGGCUCGUGAACCUGCAUUAGAUGAAAAUGGUAAUCCUAUUCCAAAAUCAGAAAGGAAACCAAAAAGAAAAGUUGCUGUUUUAUUUGGUUAUUGCGGAACAGGAUACCAUGGUCUUCAGUUCAAUGGACCAGAAAAGACAAUUGAAUCGGCUAUCUUCAAAGCUUUUGUUGAUAGUGGUGCUAUUUCAAAAGAAAAUGCUACUGAUUUGAAAAAAAAUGGGUUUCAAAGAGCUGCUCGUACAGAUAAAGGUGUUCAUGCAGCAGGAAAUACUCUUUCGUUAAAGUUGAUUAUUGAAGAUCCCAAUAUUGUGCAAAAAAUCAAUGACAAUCUACCUCAACAAAUUAGAAUCUGGGGUAUUGAAAGGACCAAUAAGUCAUUUGACUCAAGAAAGAUGUGUUCUUCUAGAAUAUAUGAAUACCUACUACCCACAUUUUGUUUUUUACCACCAAGACCAACUUCGCAUUUGGCACAGAAAAUUAAAGAAGCAGCUGAAAAGUAUCCUGGUACUAAGCGAUCAGAUUCUGAAGGAGAUCGGUGGUGGGCAACUGUUAUUAAAACUUUAGAAGAGAAAAACGUUACUCAAGAGAAAAUUGAAGAGGCUCAAAAUGCUAUCAAGGAUGAAAAGUUUGAUGAAAAUGAUCCUAAUUUUUUGUUUCUUAAAGAAUUAAAAGCCAUUGAAAACAAAUUUCGCCGAAGUUACAGGAUUUCUUCUGAAAGAUUGGAAUUGAUUAGAAAAGCAGUAUCAAAAUAUGUUGGGCAUCAUAAUUUUCAUAAUUUUACCAUUGGAAAGUUAUUUAAAGACCCGUCAUCUAAUCGAUUUAUGAAAUCUUUGACCGUAUCAGAGCCAUUUGUUAUUCCUAAUACUGAUACUGAAUGGGUUUCUAUUAAAAUCCAUGGACAAUCUUUUAUGCUUCACCAAAUUCGUAAAAUGAUUGCAAUGGCUACAUUUAUUGUGAGGUGUGGUACUCCAUUGAACAGAAUCAGUGAAGCUUUUAAAGCUAAAAAAAUGAACAUACCCAAAGCACCAUCGUUGGGACUAUUAUUAGAAAACCCUGUGUAUGAUGGGUAUAAUUCUAGAUUGGUUGACUUCGGAUACAAGGAGAUUGAUUUUACAAGAUACGAUUCACAAAUGGAGGAAUUCAAAAUGAAAAACAUUUAUGAUAAGAUAUAUGAAGAAGAAAUCAAAGAAAAUCAAUUCCAUGGAUUUUUUGGAUUUAUUGAUAAUUACCGUGGUGACCAAUCUUACGAUUUCAUACUUCCAGGAGAAUCUGAUGUUCAAGAUAGUCAAAAAACCGAAGAAGAAAAAGACAAUGAAAAUGAUAUAGAAAAAAAAGAGGAAAAAGAGGAAAAAGAUGAUAAUAAAAAGCCAUUAGAAAAAAAGAGUCCAGUUGAAAAUAAUUUUGAUGAAAAUAAAACCGUUAAAGAAAGUGAAAACUUAGAAUCUGUCUCUGAAAGUGCUGAAAAGGUUGAAAUAAAUGAAUCAAAAAAUUGA